GUCCGCCCCUCCCCAUCUGGACUAGACUUCCUUGGCGACCGCGGGCUUCCCAGUCUCCCUCCCUCGGCUCCGCCCUUCAGACCCUGCCCUCCCCCCCCCCCACCGCAUCGGCCCCGCCCCCGUCACCCCAGGGGGCUGGCGACACUUCUCUGGAGUGCGAGCGGCUCUAGCGAGAGACACAGGGCUCGAGGCACCAACCUUACCUCACAUCUGGCUUGCCCUACUGGGCAAAGGUGGGAUCCAGACCCUGACAGCCUUCCUGAGCACCGGGGGCUUCAGCCCUACCACGACGCGCCUUUGCAGACCCUCCCCUCACUGCAGCUUCUGGGCAUCUGGUCUUAUUCCCGGCCUCAUCUCCACUCUGAAUGCAGUAGCUCCACCCAAGUCUACAGCAUGCAGUCCCAGGAGAGUGGUGUUCACUACAGCAGGUGGGACAGCAGUAGCCGCGAUGAAGUCAGCGUGACCGCCAUGUCCAGCUCAGAGGAGGCCUCGUGCUAUAGGAGGAUCUCCCAGAAGCUGUGCUCUGGCAAGCUGGGCAUAGCCAUGAAGGUGCUGGGUGGAGUGGCCCUCUUCUGGAUCAUCUUCAUCUUGGGCUACAUCACUGGCUACUAUGUGCACAAGUGCAAAUAAAUGCUGCCCGCUCCCUCCCCUGGGGGUUCCCUCCUGUGCACACAGA